AUGUCACAGUCGAGGACCGCAGCAGAUAAAAAUGUCUCCAUAACUUCGUUCUUCAGACCAGUGGCCAAGACGGAGAUCAAGGAGGAGCUGGAGGGAACAAUGAUGGAAUAUGAAGAUGAAGAUAAUGAUUCCGAACAGCCAGAAAGAGUUUUGGAACAACUUAAACCAGUAGAAACUCCAGUCAAUAAAGAAUCAGUAAAUGUUAGUUUAUUAAGCGAACAUUUUGUCAAAAUCGAUACCACACGCUCAGAUUCAAAUCUUACAAGCACACACUAUGAGGAAUCUACAGUAUCAAUUGGAGAACUUGAGGAGGAAGACAUACCCCUUAACAGAAAGAGAACACUACUCUUUGAUGAUUCAAACUUACACCCUAAACUUAAGAAUCUUGAUAAUGACAAUACUAAUACAACUGCUGGUGGUGGCACUAGUAUUGACACUUAUACCGAUAGUAACGCUACCGAAAAUACAGCUUAUAACAGUACCAGCACAGUUAGCACAGUUGAUACAGCAAACAAUAGAGAAAGAGUAGAAAAUGUGAAAAGGGAAUUAAUGGAUGAUGAGAGAUUGAUAGAUCGCUUGUUGUAUGUGUACGAAUUUGAUGAUAAGAAGCCAGUAGAUAUGGAAAAUGUAACAGUGGGUAAGGAGGAUAAGAGACAUAAGGAGGACACAGUAGACUUUAAUGAGAGGGAGUUAUAUCUGGGUUGUAAGGCAAGUGAGAACUCUUUGGGGUUUAGGUCGUACGUGGAGAACUAUUAUAGAUAUAAGGGUACAUUUUCGUUCCCACCAUGGCUGGAGCCUAGAAACUUGAAGGAUGCAGAGGGUAGAAGACCUUUGGCAGAGGGGUACGACACCACAACUUUAUGGAUUCCACCUCGAGGGCACCGGUGGGCAUAUGAAUUUAGGAGCGGUCACUACACUGAGUGCAUGCAGCAGUGGUGGGAAGUAAAGAAAACACAUUUUGAUUCGUUGGUUUUUUUCAAGAUGGGUAAGUUCUAUGAGCUGUUUUACCAGGACGCAUGUGUGGUACAGGGGCUGACAGGGCUCCGAUGGAUGGGAGCAGAGACGAAACCUCAUGUAGGGUUCCCAGAGAAGAGCAUCCACUUCUAUGCCUCAGCGUGCGUUAACGCAGGCCAUAGAGUGGUAGUAGUGGAGCAAACUGAAACGCCACAGCAACUAGAUAAGAGAAAUAAAGCCUUGGGAACCUCGGCAAGGGCCGUUAAACGAGAUGUGUGUGAUAUUAUUACUCCAGGAACAGUUUCAGCGCCUGAAAUGCUCACAACCCAAUCACGACCGCUUCUCAUAAUGUCCCUUACCCAGUCGCAACCCGAGUCCCAGACCCAGUCUCAAGUUUCAACAGCUCCCGAAUCAGAACCCUCAAUUUCAGAUGGCAAUGCCAUAGUAUCAAUAGUGUGUUUAGACGUCUCAAUGAGUAAAAUCCGGUUUGGAACUGUUAAAUAUACAGAUGAUUUGUUGCAGGUGAAGACAGUUUUAAUCCAUUUCUGCCCAGCUGAAGUAGUACUUGAUUCUGUACUAUUCAAUAAAAAGGACUUGAUAAAGGCAAUUAAGGCGUUACCCUACUCAGCAGAAAUCACUUCACAUAUUUCGCAAAACAAGUCUAGAAACCUUUUGAACAGAGUUAAGGACAGGUGGGAAGCUGUAGCUAAUGAAUGCUCCACAGCCCUGUUGCUAACUGAAUCCUAUCUAACCGUUGUACUUCUGGAUAAGAUUGUAGAAUAUUGCUAUUUUGAGCCAUUUAACUUUGCCCAGCUGGAGGUUAUGAGCAUGGACUAUUCAGCACUCGUGCAUUUGGAACUUUUUGUCACGCAGGAAGGCACUGAAAAAAACUCUCUCUUCCAUUAUCUAAACCAUACCAAAACAGCAUUUGGAGAGAGGUUGCUCAGAUAUUGGCUCCUGAAUCCACUUACAGAUGUCGACUCGAUCAACCUAAGGAGCGAAGCCGUUGAGUUUCUAGUCCAGAAUUACCCACUAGUGACAACGUUAAAUCAGGAACUGGAACGAUUUCCAGAUCUAGAACGUGCAUUAGGUAAGAUACUAAACUCAGCCUCAAACUACCAUAAAAGAGCAAUUUACUUUGACCGAGGAGUAUACACUAAACUAUACGAUCUGUACACUCUGUUUGACAAGUUCCAGAAACUAGAAGAUAUUAUCCUCAACUUCCUCAACGAAUCCAUUAAUCUGUUUUCCAGUCAUAGGAGUGAGUUUAUCCGGAAAGUCGAGGAAGAAUUUUUACGCUGUUCAGACGACGUUAUCAUGUUCAAAAGCAUGCUAAAGCUCACUGGAGAAAAGAGUUGUGCCAGCGUCGAAUGGCCAAAGUCGAAGGAAUUGAGGGCUGAAAUCCAAGCUGUUGAGGCCAAGCUCGACAGAGUGCUCGAGAACAUUAGACAAAUCUCGCCCUCAGCUUGCUUUGUACAUUGCAAAUUCAGGUACGAAGUUGAAAUGACUGAGUCCGAGUUCCAAAGAUAUCAGAGAAAAUCAGGCGUGCAUGCCAGUCCAUCUUCCACGGCUCCCAACACUGCCGAUAAUACACCUGUGUGUAAGCAACCUGUAAAUUCACCGGCAAAUGUCGUUGGAGGAGUUAGUAGUAUGGAGAUAACGAGUACACGAAGUGGUUUUGUGCGUGGUAGAAAUGUGAAGAUAGUUCAGAUACUUGAGGAGUUGGAAGAGGUUGAGUUUAAGCUAAAGGAAAGUGAAGAGGAGUUUUACCAGGAGAUUGUGAGCAAGUUCCACUCCAAUAGCUUUAAGUUUUGUAAACUAAUUGAAAUCGCAGCUCAGUUCGACUGUUUGACUUCUCUGGCCACUGUGGCCAAGAACUCACCCUUCCCAAUGUCCCGACCCAAAAUACUCCCCAAGUCCUACAACACCCUAAGGGUUAAGGAUUCUGUUUAUCCUAUCUUUAACAUCAGUAAUAACAAGUUCAUCCCCAACAGCGUUAACAUCGGUGAGGGUUUAGAUGGGCCGAUUCUCAUUAUCACAGGCCCCAACAUGGGUGGAAAAUCAACUUUAUUGAGACAAAUUGCAUUAACAAUAAUCAUGGGUCAAAUCGGUUCAUUUGUUUCAAGUGUUGAGUGUGAGUUUAGUAUUGCCGAUUCGAUAUUUACUAGACUUGGCGCUUCAGAUAAUAUUUUACAAGGCAAAAGUACUUUUCUUGUUGAAUUACAAGACAUUUCAUCAAUACUUUCAAAGGCUACAAGUAGUUCAUUGGCUUUGAUUGAUGAAUUGGGCAGAGGUACUUCAACAUUUGAUGGUACAGCUAUUGCUGUUGCUACUUUAGAAAAGAUAUCUAAAAUUGGUUGCAGAUGUGUGUUUACAACGCAUUUCCAAGAUGUUUGUGUAUUUGCAGAGACUCUGAGUAACGUCUCAAUGUUCCACAUGGCGGCGAAGGUCGAUGAGGAAACGAGAAGCGUGGAGUUUCUGUAUAAACUAGUGCCUGGAGUUUGCCCAGACUCACAUGGAAUGCACGUGGCCAAACUAGCAAGAAUUCCAGACCAUAUCAUACAAAACGCAAAGAAGGCUCGAGUGAGGCUGUUUAACAAUUACACCUCGGGUGAGGUGAAAGAGAGUAAUAAGUUACUGGAAAAACUAACAGAUGAAAUAUUAGAAGCACAUUAUAAUAAUGAUAACAAUAGUAGUGUAUUUGGACAUAAUUGUAUGGAAUUAGAUUAUGAAGAAGAUAUAAGGAAAAGCUUGGAGAAGUAUUUCAAUGGAAUUGGUUAUAAAAUAGCUGAUGGCACUAAUUUCGGUUCUGAUUUAGUCAUUUAUACUAAGCCUGGGCCAAAUCUUUCACAUUCCAAGUAUUUUUUCAUCAUUUCCUUUAAAUAG